AUGGGCCGUUACGACUUCCGCCCUCUCCGGGUGCGCCAGACGGCGAAAGCCCUCUUCGACUCAAAACGAGACGUCAACCUGCCCCAAUGGUACGAUGUCGUAGGCAACAUCCCGCCAGGCGAGACCCUCGCACGCCCAGUACUGCGCAUACCAAAGAUGAGGAAGGCGCGGAAAGCCAGCAAACUGUUCAAGCCACUACCCAUUGAAUACCCAGAAGACAAGCUGCGUUCGGAAUUCUUCGGCGACCACCCAUGGGAACUGGCACGGCCGAGGCUGGUCAUCGAAAACAGCGGGAACGACUCCAAGAACUACGACUGGAGCAAGAUUGUUCAGCCAGGGAAGCAGUUAGACGGCGAAAGUGUCGUUCAACGCCAAAUGUGGCUCAUGAAGCACGCCUCCCUCUCCAAAGCCUCCGCCUACGACCUCGCCCGUCGCGAAUUCUACCAACACCGUCACCUCUCCGAGAUCCGCCAACGCAUUGCCAAGGAAGAAGCCCUGCACGUCGGCGCCUACUUUGGCAAGGGUCCCCUUGAGAUUGGUAUGGAGCUUGAAGACCGCACAUGGGAGAACUGGAAGGCUUGGGCUACCAAGCAGAUUGAGGAUGAGCAGUCGAUGCGUGCGCAAAUGUUCAGUGGGCAGCAGGAAGAGGGUCUGGGUGCGGGCGCUGAUAUGAGCAAUGCCGAAUACGAUCAGGCCGUCGACGAAUUGCAACCCGUUGUGCCAAAUAACCCACAAGGGCAGAGGCCCAUGGGUGGGGUAGCGGCGCAUCCAUAA